AUGCUGAAGUAUUGGUGGAGGGCACAGGCGGCAGCAUAUAUUAUGAGAUUCAAUCGCAAUACCUCUAGGAGACUUAAACAAUUUCGACUCGGCGAAGACACGAAGCAGCUCGGAUUACACUGGGAUGUAAACGGGGACCCGAGGAAUGUUGAUGUCCCGUUCCCCCUCCCGGAGGGUACCAUAAGUAUGCACGUACGGCAUGGAGAUAAAGGAUCCGAAAUGCGACUUGUGCCGUUCAACGAUUACGUUGUCCGUGCAGAAAAGUUCAGUGCUGAGAAUCCACUUGGAAAUUGGAAAAGAGCCUUCCUUUCGACGGAAGACCCGAAUGUCAUCGAGCAAAUGAAAACAAUGGCACGGAUAACGCCUUUCUCGUAUAGCGGGAGCAAUUCAAGAUGGACAUGGUAUUGGACGGAUAUCCCAAGUAUGGCCCCAGCUCUUGGUUAG